CCUCUCGUUGAGGCCCCGACAAUCAUGGCCGAGUUCGUCGACCCCCGGAUGACCAACAUCAAGCCUCGCAUCCGCUACAACACCAUCGGAGGUAUCAACGGACCGCUGGUCGUCCUUGAUAAUGUCAAAUUUCCCAGAUACAAUGAAAUCGUGUCCCUGACGCUCGCGGACGGCACAGAACGGUCGGGCCAGGUCUUGGAAGCCAGAGGCAACAGAGCAGUCGUUCAGGUGUUCGAAGGUACUUCGGGUGUCGAUGUGAAGAAGACCAAAGUCGAGUUCUCCGGCCACAGUUUGAAGCUGGGUGUGUCCGAGGACAUGCUUGGUCGUGUCUUUGACGGUUCUGGACGUGCGAUCGAUAAGGGCCCCAAGGUUAUGGCGGAGGACUAUUUGGAUAUCAACGGUCAACCCAUCAACCCUUACUCCCGAGUCUACCCCGAAGAAAUGAUCUCGACCGGUAUCUCUGCCAUCGACACCAUGAACUCCAUUGCCAGAGGACAGAAGAUUCCUAUUUUCUCCGCCGCUGGUCUUCCCCACAAUGAAAUUGCUGCUCAGAUUUGUCGACAAGCCAGUUUGGUCAAGAAGCCGACAAAGGGUGUCCACGAUGACCACGAUGAGAACUUCUCCAUCGUUUUCGCUGCCAUGGGUGUCAACAUGGAGACUAGUCGUUUCUUCACUCGCGAUUUCGAGGAGAACGGCAGUAUGGAGCGUGUUACUCUCUUCCUUAACUUGGCUAACGACCCCACGAUUGAGCGUAUCAUUACCCCUCGUCUCGCACUGACCACUGCCGAGUACUACGCCUACCAACUGGAGAAGCACGUCCUCGUUAUUAUGACUGAUCUAUCAGCCUACUGUGAUGCCCUUCGAGAAGUCUCCGCCGCACGAGAGGAAGUUCCCGGUCGUCGUGGUUACCCCGGUUAUAUGUAUACUGACUUGGCCACUCUUUACGAGCGUGCUGGACGAGUGGAGGGCCGUAAUGGAUCCAUCACUCAGAUUCCUAUUUUGAGUAUGCCUAACGACGAUAUCACCCACCCUAUUCCCGACUUGACAGGUUACAUUACUGAAGGACAGGUUUUCAUUGACCGUCAGCUUUACAACAAGGGUGUCAACCCCCCUAUUAACGUCCUUCCAUCCCUAUCUCGUCUCAUGAAGUCUGCCAUUGGUGAGGGCCGUACCCGUAAGGAUCACUCUGAUGUGUCCAACCAGCUGUACGCCAAGUACGCUAUUGGACGAGACGCCGCCGCCAUGAAGGCAGUCGUCGGUGAGGAAGCUCUGUCCUCAGAAGACAAGCUUUCCCUUGAAUUCCUCGACAAGUUCGAGCGCACUUUCAUCAGCCAGUCCGCAUACGAGUCGCGAAGCAUUUUCGAGUCCCUCGAUAUCGCCUGGAACCUGCUCCGCAUCUACCCCAAGGAGCUGCUCAACCGUAUCCCCAAGAAAGUUCUGGACGAGUUCUACGCCCGGUCCGCCCGCAAAGUCCCCAACAAGGACACCCGGGACAACUCGGGCGCCCCGCAGCAGAGCCACCAGCAGCAAGGCGGCUCUUUGAUUGAUGCUUAAUUUCCCUCCUUUAUUUCCCCCAUUUGAUAUCAAACCAGUCAAAUCGUCACAUUUUCUGGACCUUUGUAGCUGUGGUGGUGGUUGUGUGAAGGGGACUUUUUAACUUAUCCACGAAGAGAAUGUUUUGCGUGUUUCCCUAGCUAGCUUUCACGGCUUUCUUUUUGCAUAUAUACUCUUUUAGCUGUGUCUUGUUUUCUUCCUCAUUCCAUCUAUAUGAACACUAUGAAAGUGUGGAUUGUAUUAUUUUGGGUUGGAAAAUUCUACCCACGUAGUGAUUGUAAGAGCUUCAAAACAUGGCAGCUACGUCUUCAAACUUGAUAGUUUAGUUCAGUCCAAUUUCCAAAUGUGAAAUGAAGAUUUAUUUUC